AUUCUCUUUCUCCUUAAUUCCCACAGGCCAACAUCAACGACUUAUUCGAGAGAAAAUGAAUCGGAAUCUUAGAAACGCCAUUAUUGCAUUCCUUGCUCCACUUCCUUCUAUCGUCUUCUACCUCACAUUUCUCCGUAAUCACUCUCCAGCCUCAGAUUCAGAGCUCUCUUUCAUUCAUUCAUGGUGUUUGAAUCAUCCCCUUCUAUUAGCAAACCUUCUCUUCUUCUUAAACGUCAAUGUGCUCUUCUGGGUCAUCGGUUUACUCCAAUCCAGCCACUGGAUGAUCGAUGUGUAUUGGACUGUGAUACCUGUAAUGCUGGUUCAUUACUUCGCUUCGCAUCCAUUGGCACAGUACAAUAAGUUGAGAUCCAUGAUUGUCGUAACUCUGACAUGGAUUUGGAGCAUUAGGUUGACUCAUAACUACUUCCGGCGGGAAAAUUGGGAAUGGGGCGCUAGAGAAGACUGGAGGUUCAACGACUUACGGAAACAGUACGGGAAACACUGGUGGUGGCUCUCCUUCUUCUCUGUCUACGUUUCUCAGCAGAUCUUCCUCAUUGGGAUAUGUCUGCCCUUAUAUGUCAUCCAUUCCGUUGAUGCGCCACUAAACAUCUGGGACUUCAUUUCCUCGGCUAUCUGUUUGACGGGAAUCGUCAUGGCAUACUACGCAGACACACAGCUUCACGAGUUUGUAACCGGAAACCAAAAACUCAAGGAGCAAGGAAAGCCUAAGAUCCCCAAUCUCGACACGGGUUUGUGGCAUUACUCAAGACAUCCUAAUUACUUGGGAGAGCAAUUGUGGUGGUGGGGAUUGGUCAUAUUUGCUUGGAACCUUGGUCAAGGAUGGACUUUGAUAGGUGCAUUGGUCAAUACUCUGUGUUUGGUCUAUGUAACAAUUCUUGUCGAGCGUCGGAUGGUGAAACAACAAUACAGAGCUGAAGCUUAUAGAGCAUAUCAGAAGACAACUUCGGUGUGGAUUCCAUGGUUCAAAUCUCAUGUUGCUGCUACUAAAGACAAGAACACUUGAGGAAGCUGUGAUUAGUUUGUUUCAAUAGGGUUUCUAGAGAUCCUUAAUUGUGUAUUAUGAGCAUUGUUUUGGUGUUUUUUCCUCUCACUUUGUUUCCUUGGGGAUGUUUUCUUUGGUCUGUGUAAAUUUGCAUUAUAAUGGGUUUUUCUUCCGUCUAUUUGGGCUCGUCGUCGUCGUGUUAAUAAGUGUUUUUAAAA